CAUAGCUAACAGCUGUUUUUAGUCAGCUGAUUUGAUUAGUACCUUUUUUGCGGUUUGUUGUGGAAAAACAUUCCUUUACAAUAAAUGGCCCAUGUACAGUACUUAGACGAAUUAAUAAGAGAAUACUUAGUGCACCGUGGCUUUGGUACAACAGUCAAAGCACUCGAUAUAGACUUAAAAUCGGACAAAGAGAAGAGUUUUCGUGUUGAUAAAAUUGUGGAGCAACUAGUUCAAUUUGUUAAUAAUUACGAUUUAAUCUCAUUGAGGGAAUUAUGGGGUCAUCUAGAAACUCAUAUGUUCACCAAACUUGAGAGUCAUUUCGUUCCGGCAACAAAGAAACUGGAAAAUGCGAUUCUAAAGUUGUAUUUGAUCAAUGUGAUUGUUAAUAAUAAGUCGGAAAAAAUGGCAGAAUUUUUCAUGAAAAUGACUCCAGAAAUUCAUAACCAAAGUGAAUGGAAAGACUGGUUUAUGUUGCCCUACAUAAAAAAUCCUGAGGAAAAUCCUACAUUUUCUCUGCAUUUUACAAGACAGUGGCAGGAUACUUUAUUGGUGUCUCUACACAAUUUUUUAGCCACCAUUUUUCAGUACAUGCCAACACCUGCUUUAAUGCAUUUCGAAGAGGACGCCAACAAAAUCCGCAAAUUAGAAGAAAAAAAUGAAUCCUUAAAGAACCGUUUAGCACAAUUGAUCGAUAAAGGACCUGAAACUACAGUCACUCCCUGCCAUGUAGAACCACCCCUACACCUUCUAGACGAUUUUUACAUUAUUGCCCAGGAAAGUACAACCACUGACAACCAAGCGAAAAGCUUAAAGAAUCUCAUACGAAAUAUGGGAACCGGUUCCAGUCCAAUUUUGGGCAGAAAGGAAACAUCAUCAAAUACAAACAAAAAGAAACUAUCGACAAUCACUUCAAAAACAAAGUCCUCCCAGAAUUAUUUUCACGAACAAUAAAUUUAUUUGAUAAUAAUUAUGUAUAAAUAUAAAACUGUAACAUUAACAAGAUACCACCCAUAAACCAUAUGAUUUCA